GACAGAUGCAUCUCGAAUGGCAUGUGUUUUUGUGUGAUUUUUUUAGCCUUGUAUCUUUUGUUUCCGGAUGAUAUAAAACUGUUUGAUGGAGUUUAUUUUGAUAGAAGAAACGGGAAGUUUAAAAGUUCUGAUUUCGCAAUAAGAGAAGAUCGUCAAUUGAACAGCUAUUGAAGGCAUUUCAUCCGAAGCCAACACAUGCUACAGUUAAGGACAUCCAUCCGUUCCUUGCAUAACUGGACUCUGCUCCAUCUUAUAUUUCUUGGAACUUACCGUGGAAGGGCACCAUCUGGCUUUGAACGAUGACGACAGAAGUCACCUCCUUCAGAGGCGGUGGGAACCGACUGCCGGCCUCCCAUCUAAUAGGUAUCGCUAGCAUAAUCCUCUUUUUUCUUGGCCUUGGACAGACCAGAAAGGCAAUUCUCGAAGGCGAUGUGAUGCUCGGCGGCUUGUUCCCGGUCCACCAGAAAGGCCUCAAGACCAAAUGCGGAGCCAUCUUCAAGGACCGAGGUAUACAACGAUUGGAAGCCAUGCUGUUCGCUGUAGAAAAAAUCAACAGUGACCCUACACUCUUAGAGAAGAUCAAGUUGGGUGCAAUCAUUCUGGACACAUGCUCUAGCGACAGCUAUGCCUUGAACCAAUCGUUGGAAUUCAUACGUGCCUCUAUAAAUACUGUUGAUGCCACAACUUUCGAAUGUGCAGAUGGAUCCGCUCCAACCAUGAAGUUUACAACUAAAGCCAUUACUGGAGUCGUUGGUGGUUCCUACAGCGAGGUGUCUUUGCAAGUGGCGAACCUCUUGCGACUGUUUAAAAUACCCCAAAUUUCACCUGCUUCCACUGGAACAUCAUUAAGUGAUAAAACCAGAUACGACUUCUUCGCUCGCACCGUACCUCCAGACACUUUCCAAGCCAUCGCACUUGUUGAUCUUGUCCAGAGCUUCAAUUGGUCGUACGUCUCCCUGGUGUCAUCUGAAGGACAGUAUGGUGACUCUGGGAUGACAGCCUUUCAGAAAGAGGCUCGAAGUAGAAACAUCUGCAUCGCUGUCAACGAGAAGGUUCCCCACUCCGCCACCGAAGAGGUCUUCGAUUCUAUCUACCAGAACCUGUUGCAGAAGAUCAGCGCCCGGGGCGUGGUUCUCUUCACCAGGGCAGAGGACGCCGCUGGGGUGCUCAGGGCUGCCAUGAGGUCCAGGAAGCAUGUAUUCACCUGGGUGGCUAGUGACGGCUGGGGAAAGCAGGAAAAGCUGGUGGAAGGCCUGGAGAGGGCGGCAGAAGGAGCCAUCACUGUGGAACUGGCCUCAACCGAGAUCGCAGAGUUCAAUGACUACAUGAAAAACUUGACUCCAACUACCAACAUAAGAAAUCCAUGGUUCGAAGAGUAUUGGGAAAGCGUGUUUUCCUGCACUUUGCCACAGAAUGUGAAACCUAACUCGAACUCCAGUGUCGUUGUUUGCUCACCGAACCUUAGACUGGACGAAAGUGUGGGCUACAACCAGGAGUCGAAGGUUCAGUUCGUAGUGGACGCUGUGUAUGCCUUUGCUCAUGCGCUGGACAAAGUGUGGCGUGAUCUAUGUGAGCCUAAAGGCGAAGCACAUUGUCAUGAAAUGCGGACGCUAGAUGGCGCUACCCUCUACCUCGACUACAUACUUAAUGUUUCUUUUACAGAUCUUGCUGGCAAUCAGGUGAAAUUCGACCGACAAGGUGAUGGCCUCGGUCGAUAUACGAUUUACAACUACCAAAGGGACGAUAACUCUAGUGCUUACCAUUACAAAGUAGUUGGUAAGUGGUUCGAUGGCUUGCACAUGGAUCUGAACGACGUCAAGUGGCCUUCAGGCAGGUUGACUUCAUCCAUCUGCUCCGAACCUUGCGGAAUAGGCGAGGUGAAGAUAACCCAAUCUGGUGACGUCUGUUGUUGGAUCUGUCACAAGUGUCAUCCCUGGGAGUACGUUGUCGACGAGUUCACAUGCAUGGACUGCGGUCAUGGUAGGUGGCCUUACCCGCACAAGCAGAGCUGCUACGACCUUGACCAGCAGCAUAUGAGAUGGGACUCGUUAUUCGCCAUCGUGCCAAUGGCCAUCGCCACAUUCGGCAUCUUGCUUACCUUCUGGGUGAUGGUGGUAUUCUUCCGCAACAAUGACACACCCAUUGUCAAAGCGGCCGGUCGUGAGCUCAGUUAUCUUCUGCUGACGGGAAUCACGUUAUGCUAUAUAAUGACUUUCGUGAUGCUCGCCAAACCGACGCGCAUCAUCUGUGGCCUGCAAAGGUUUGGCAUCGGGUUCUCGUUCGCCAUCAUCUACUCAUCCUUGCUCACCAAGACCAAUCGCAUUUCGAGGAUCUUCGAAAGCGCUCGACGAUCGGCACGUCGACCCAGCUUCAUCAGUCCCAAAUCACAACUGGCCAUCGCCUCGGUGCUGAUAUCCGUCCAGGUGAUAGGAACGGCAGUCUGGUUCUUGCUGGAACCUCCCGGUACCCGGCAGUACUAUCCGGACGGGAAGAGGAACCAGGUCAUUCUCAAGUGCAGUAUCCGGGACUCCUCUUUCCUGCUGUCGCUCAUCUACAACAUGCUCCUGAUCACCAUCUGCACUGUCUACGCUGUCAAGACUAGGAAGAUACCGGAAAAUUUUAAUGAAUCAAAGUUUAUAGGAUUCACCAUGUAUACCACGUGUAUUAUAUGGUUAGCUUUUGUACCAAUUUAUUUUGGAACAGGGAACUCUUUUGAGGUGCAGAUCACGACACUGUGCGUGUCGACCUCUCUGAGUGCGUACGUGGCCCUCUUCUGUCUCUUCUCUCCCAAAGUCUACAUCAUCAUCUUCCACCCCGACAAGAACGUUCGGAAACUAACCAUGAACAGCGCCACCUACAAAAGAGCACCAACUAGCAGCACCUGCGGGACCUCCGUCAAUCAAGGCAAUGGAAAAGGAACAACUGUGGAACAAGUGAAACUAAGUGUUCACAUGACUCCUUCUAGGGAACAGACUACCGAAACUGACAAAGACAGCCUCGCGUCUCUGUGAUGAUCUAACUGUCAGACGACUACCAUUUCUUUCAUUUUUUUGAUACAUUAACUUACUUACCCAAAAGAACUUUCAAGGCUUUGAUAGCACAAGCAAAGGACUCGAAACUAAUCACCGGACUCGAGGAACUGUUGGCUUGUUGACACAAACCAAGCAAGUGCUGGAGCAAGCGAUCAAAAGACUUAGAGGAAUAAGUUAGCAAUGCUUUAUGAAAUGCUGAACUCAACUAAAAUGAUUAAUAUAUAACUGUAAUAUAAUGUGUAAGAAAAAAAAACCAAACAUAUUUGCUAUGUAGGCUUUGACUUGUACAUAGAAUUUUUACAAAAGUGAUGAGCACCAUGAGCAGUUCGUCGAUGUACAUAGCAAAAUGUGGGGUUUCUGAGCAUGGUAUUUUGAAAUUUUAAAAAAACAGACUUCCUGAUGACAUUAUUUUACUAUUUUUUUGGGGAACUAUGAAUCGGAAAGUCGACACUAAUCAUAUCAUUUAGAUUGCAAUUAUGGCUGCCAACGGACUAUACAAGUUGUACAAAGUAUGAGCAACUGCUGAACAAAGCUGAGGAUAAGUAUCGCUAAAAAAAUAUAUUGUAGCGUGUGUUCGCACUUUUUUCCAUAAUACUCGGGCUUCCCUUAAACCAAAGACCGUCAUUGUUGUGUUUCGUGUGUUGUCACUGUUAUUAAAAAAAAGUAGCUUAGUUUCCAAGUUCGAACAAUACGAGUACCGUAUACAUAAUAUAUAACAAAGUUCUGUGUUACGUAUCAAUAGGGAAAUAUGCCACUUGUAGAAACACAGUUCGUUUCGCAAGAUGGUGUUUAGUUUUCCCAAAAUCAAGCCCAACUGUCGUAGAUUUGUGUCGUUUAGGUACGUAUAUGUAUAAACUGACGCGUGGUAUAUCAACUGAAAGUAGAAUAGAAAUAUACUAAUGCAUGUAUAGCUAUACGUUUGUGUUUCUAAGGCAAUAAUAUCUUGAUCGCGAAUUUGGAAGUAUUUAGAUGUGCACAAAUUGUUUACAUAUAUAUAGGAGAUUGUCACACAAAUGCUUAAAAUAGCACGAUGUUCCUAAGCUGUUAAUAACAAAUUAUGAUGCAAUUAAAAGUUUAAGCACGUUUUGAAAGUGAGUAGCUCAUAACGUCCAAAUAUGUGAUAAGGGAAAUACACGAAUGUAAUGAUGUCUUUACUCAAAUGGUUUCAGUUUCAGUUUCAGUUUUCAUGUAAUUCACUUCUUAGCAAAUGUAAUGUUUAUAACAGAUAUACUUUAUCUAAUGGAGAGCUACUUACAACGUAAGUUUUUGGCCACGAUUACAAAGAUUCUUAUAAUAUUUUUUUCACAUAUUCUAAAAUUUUAAUCAAUACAUCAAAAGCGAGUCAUAUACAUGGACAUUAACAUUCAUACAAAGCACGUUUACAUUCAUAAAGUAGCUAUAAGAUUUUGAAAUUAUACAUUAUAUUUUUCCAAACAUUCUAAAACUUGAAACAAAAUGUGUAAAUACGUGUCAUUCACAAAAACAUUAAUAGUAAAACACGUGUACCUCCAAAUAUAACCGAACGAAUUGAAAUAUAUAGUUUCAUAUUGGAAUUUAUCCUCGACUGCAAUUCUAUAUUAUUUCUUUUAAUAGACGAUAUUUGUAUUACAUAACAUUUUUAUUAUAAAUUUGAAAUUAUCAAUGGCUUAUCAUAUUUCUUAUAAUAUAACUACUCAACAUAUAAACAAAAAUCUAUUACAAAAUCGAAUUGACACUUUCUUAAAUUGCUAAAAUUCUUUUAAAAUUUGAAGAAUUCGAUAUAUUCUUUAAUUCAUUUUUAAUCCUAUAUUUAGAUUAAUUAAACACUUUAUGUGGUUUUAAAGAAAUGACCGAAUUAUAAAUAAUAAUGAUCUUAUUUUUUAAAAAUGUAUGGAUUAUAGAAUUUUAAAAGCUAAAAUUAUUUCAUUGAAAACAUUGUAAGAGUUCUGAAAUCCGCUUUUUUAUAUCUCAUGAGAAUGAAAAAGUGUUUAAAAGCUUGCGGGAAAUAUUACUGCCUAAAUCUAGAUUGACUCGUGUAAUUCCAACUGAUAUUGCAUGUAAAUGUAUCGAAUUAUCUUUACAUCAAGCAUAGCAUCAAUUUUUAAAAAAAUAAAUUAUACACUUAAUUUUUCCAUUUUUUUUGCAUUUGAAUAUCAUUUCAAGAAAACUCAUUAAAGAACUGGCAUUUUUAAAACUUUAAAUUAAUAGAAAAUCAUCCGAAAAAUAAAAGCAUUUUUCUAUCAUAAGAUUAUUUAAAGAAUAACUAACUUCAAAUCUUUUUAUUGGGUCACCAAUUUUUAAAAAAUAUUUAAUAAUAACCUAUUCAGCAAAUAUAGUUUUAGGUAUAAAUUUAGAGCUGUUAAAUAUCUAUGCUUACUUUAGUAAAUGGUAGUUUUAUAGUGUGAUAGCAUGUUUUUGUACAAACUGAUCCCAAUGGGUAAUUUUGUGCACAUCUCUAUACUAUAUCGUUUGCAAUGCAUGUGAGCGUAGAUUGACUAGUACAUAUAUACACUUACAAGCGGCUUUAUUUAUUUAUAUACAUUUUAUUUCAUUCAUUUGACAAGCUUAUUUAUUCGUCGCGAUUCCAAAUGAGUUCAUAGAAUAUCAUCUGCUUCUAUUUACGGUUUUUAGAUGACACGGGUAUCUCUUCGAAAUGGCCAUUUGUAAAUAAAAAAGGGGCUCAUUUACUCAUGGUCCCUGAGGAGAGAUCCCAAAGUUUAUAUUAUUUCAGUACGUGCUUUAUACAACAGAUGGCGCCAUUAGCACAGUGCCGUUCACGGUAAAGCGAUUCACGGAUCUUCCAAGCUUUAUGUAGAUCGCGAUAAGUUAGAUUUAGAAAUCUAUGUUACAAAUAUGUUAGUAGAGUGCAAUAUAAACGUCCUGUGUGCUAGAAUGCCACUAGUAUUGAUUGUAAAUAGUGUUCUGUUAUUUAAGCAAUGUGUAAAUGUUUUGUACAGGUUUUCCUGCUGUUUUGAUUUUAUUAAGCACUGAGCGAUGCUGCAAUUAAAAAAAAUCACUGAAUUGUGCACUAUUAAUACCACACCUUUUAAUAUUUUAAGUAAUUUCUUUCAUGUGUAACUAUUAUUUUACCAACAGUGGAAAUGUUUCAAUUGUAAUAAGAGUUUUAAAUGCAAAAUUCAUGCUUUGUUCCAUUAUCAAAACUCAAAUGUGUAUUUCCUGAUUGGCAAUGUUAAUAAAUA